AUGCAUUGGCUGUGCAAGUGUGUCGUCGCCUUGGCGGUGCUGGCCACAACCACCUGGUCAGCGACGUUGCCGAGCGUAGCGCAGAAAUGCGUGCCCCCCGGACCGGGGCUGUCGCUCAACGACUUCCUCUCCGGCAAGUUUUACCUGUUUGAGAGGCAGCAGGAGUUCAGCAUCAAGCUUCUGCAAGCCGCCGUGACCGCUUCGCCCAAGCAGAACUUGAUAUUCUCACCGCACAGCAUAUACACGGCUCUUUUGAUCACUUACUUCCUGAGUAACAACGAAACGGAAGAGACGUUAAAGCGUUUCCUCAAUCUGCCACCAGAACAGGGAAAACUGAGCGUGAUGCAAGCGUACCGUAUGGAGAAACUGUUCCACUCGAUGAGGUCGUUGAACACCAGCGGAGAUUACGAGUUCAGCUCGGUGGACCGUCUGUUCGUUUCCAAAAGACUUCCGAUACAAAAGUGCAUAGCCGACGUGUUCAAGGACGAGGUGCACAAAAUGGAUUUCGUCGUCGAUCCUGAACUGGCCCGCAUGUACAUCAAUAACUGGGUGACCAACCAGACCAACCAGCAAAUCAAGGACCUGUUGCCUGAAGGGAAGAUCACUUACGAGACGAGACUUGUGCUGGCAAACGCGGCGUACUUCAAGGGCUUUUGGAGCUCGAGGUUUUCCUCGGAGAGCACAAAAGAUGAGGUGUUUUACACAUCACCCACCGAAAACGCCUAUGUUCCGAUGAUGUGGCAAUCCGGCGUUUUCAACCUACUGAGCUCCGACGAGUUGGGUGCGCACGUUCUGGAACUUCCGUACAAAGGAGGUGACAUCAGUCUGUUCGUGAUCCUGCCACCUUUCAACAAACAGCGUGGAAUUAGUCAGCUUAGUAAGAGGCUCAAUACGAACAUUUUGCAAAAUAUUGUUUCGUCAGGCGAAUGGACGUCACGACCCGUCGAAGUGUCUCUGCCCAAGUUUAACGUCGAACAGAGCAUGGACAACCUCGUGCCGCUACUGGAGCAAAUGGGAAUCGGGAACGUGUUCAAAGGCAACGUUGACCUGUCAGCGUUGACCGGUAACGCGAACGACGUGACCAUCGACGACGCUGUGCACAAAGCGAAAAUCUCCGUAGACGAAGAGGGCACAAUUGCCGCGGCGGCCACGUCCUUCCUGAUGUCCCGGUCAUCCAGGCCUGUCGAGCCCUUCAAGUUCCGGUGCAACCAUCCUUUCAUCUACUUCAUGUUCGACAAGGUCACCGGAUCGGUGCUGUUUAUGGGCGUUUACAAUUCGCCGAAAUCCAAUUAGAUUUUAGGCGCCACCGCGCGUCGUACACCAAAGGAUACGAGACACUGUGGUGCGGAACUGGAGUUUAGAGACGACCUAUAUAUAUAUAUUUAGUAGGAUUAUGACCGAUCGCUUGUUGCAACGUAAUUCUAAGAUGUAAAUAUUCGUACACGUUUAAGGUCAUUAUUAUUAUUAUAUUAUUAUUAUUUGUAUGUAUAUAUUAUUAAUGUUAUAUUCUAGUUUUACGCCAAUCGUUUCUAAUCGCGUGAGGUCAUUAUAAUACGUAUAUACCUUAAAACUAAAAACAUAGGCCCAAUCGCGACUGUACCUAUACACCAGCAAACGCUUACAAUUCAGUCACAAGUGUCGCUCGAAAGUAGUUUCUGAGUUUUGUGGGUUGGCUUCCACAGGAGCAUAUUGUUAUCGUAUUCUUUUCAUACAUUUAUAUUUUGAAAUUUCCUUCACAUUAUUUAUAUAUCAAUAAUAUGUACUAUGAUAAAAAAAUAUUUUUUUUCUGUGAUAUAAGCACCGUAGUGUGACGAAAAAGUUUGAUAGUCAAACCUUCUGUCAAUUUAAUAAAAAUAUUACAAUACACCGAUGUCACAUUUCUCUCAUUUUUACGGAGUUUGUUGGAAGACGGUGCAAGUGUAGGCAUAAUUUAUACGUGUAUAUUUAUAUAAUUAUAUGCAUUGAUAUUAUGUGUGAAUAAAUAUAUGUAUAAUAUUAUACACGGUAAUGUAUAGUCGUUAGACAAUAAUAUUAUUGUGUUUUGUACUCUUGUUAACCGUUUUAUAAGUGAAAUAAAUUACGUGAUGAUAUACAACAUAA